CUUUUGAGUUUUGAGAGAGAGAGAGAGAGAGAGAGACAGAUUAGGGAGAAUUAAGCCAAAAUAGAGGUUGAAAAAUGAUGAAGUUGAGGUCAAAGAAGUUUUACAGAAGCAGCUCAAAGCUCAGUGGAGGCGGUAGUAGUAAUGGCAACAGCAACAGCAACAUGAAAUUAGGAGGUGAAAAAGCUGGGUCUGAAGGCUUAGGGGAAAUCAAGUGGGAACUCCGACCUGGUGGCAUGCUUGUCCAAAUGAGAGACAUGACUGGUGAGAGUGUGGGAGAAGGGAUGAUCACAGUUAAGGUCUCAACUGUCUCAAAAUGGCAUGACAUUUCCAUUGAAGCCACUUCGAAUUUUGGAGAGUUGAAGAUGAUAUUGUCAUUGGUGACUGGUUUGGAGACGAGGGAGCAGAGGCUACUGUUCAAAGGGAAAGAGAGAGAGGAUGGUGAAUAUUUACACAUGGUUGGGGUAAGAGACAAGGACAAGGUGCUGUUGCUGGAAGAUCCAGCUACCAAGGAGAGGAAACUACUCUAUGGCUUGGCAGGGGGCCCAGCCAUUGGAACACCCUGCAGUUGUACCAUUAGUGUAUGAAAAGUAAAAUGAUUUUUCAUUAGUACUAACCCUAAAACCAAUAAAAUUGCAAAAAUUAUGCACAUCGAUCUUCUCAUGUGCAAGUUGCAAAUGGCUUACUAUGUUAAUAGAAAUGUUGAUUUCUGGAGUUAUAUCAAUCAUGUUGGUCUCCUCUUUCCCUCAAUUAUUUCUGAUCAGCUUUUUCCUUCAUUAUAUAUAUAUAGAUAUAUUGUAACCAUGCGUGCACACCGAGACAUAGACUAAUUAAUUUAUGGAAUUAAUAAAGCGAAAGUGGUACUCAAGUUACUUAAUUUCUAUUACUAAAGUCUGGCCUUUUUUAUCAUGGGUUGUAGAGUAGUAUAGAUUGCUUGAAAGGCUGAAAGCUAGAUGGCUCCAUCAAUUGCAUAUAGUCAUAUCCUAGAUUUUAGGCUCUCAAACUGUACGUAGGCAGCCAACGGGGUCCAAUAUUGACAGCUAGGUAUUCCAAAUUCUCACACGUACACCUCCUCCCUCAUGCACGCCCUCAACUACUUGGUAUUGCUAAUCUAAUUAAGUUUAACCAAUUAUCCUAAGUUUUGAUCAUAACCAUGAUCAGCCAUCUUCCACCCUUUCUUCAAUUAGCAUGCUCACUUCUCCAAACAUCAAA